CGCCCGCGGGCGCGGUGCACUGUGGGAUGCUGGAGGCCUCGCGUCCGGGCAGGAAGGAAGGGGGGGUGUCAUGGCGACCAAUAUCGAACAGAUCCUUCGGUCUUUUGUGGUCAGCAAAUUACGGGAGAUCCAGGGCGAGCAGCAGCAGCAGCACGGCGGGGGGAAUGUGGAAGCCCAGCCCAACGGGGACACGGCCCCGGCAGAGCCAGCCCAGCCUUCCGACGCCUCCGGAGCUGCCGGCGGCUGUGCCGGCGAUCAGAUGGUGCAGAAGAUCGAGGAAGUGCUCUCGGGAGCCCUCGGGACGGAGCUGCAGAGCAACCCAGAUGUAGACACAAAUACUGUGAAAAAUAGUACUCAGUCCACAAAAAGAAGCUCCACGGGGGAAGAUGAAAUUCCUAGGAAAAAAGCAAAGAAGAACAAGAAGCACAAAAAUGUAGACACAAAUACUGUGAAAAAUAGUACUCAGUCCACAAAAAGAAGCUCCACGGGGGAAGAUGAAAUUCCUAGGAAAAAAGCAAAGAAGAACAAGAAGCACAAAAGCAAGAAGAAGAAGAAAAAGAAGAAGAAAAGGAAGAAAGAGAAAAAGCAUAAAAAGCAGCCAAAGGAAGCCAAGCUGGGAGCACGUCCCGGAGAAGCUGCAGACGUGCCGCCGGCUCCUCACCUGCUGCUGGAGAAAUCCGGCCCCCAAGUGAAUGUCCAGCAGGGAGGGCUGGGAGAUCCCAGCCUGGCUGGCCACCUGCAGCCACAGCUGUGCCCAGCAGCCAGUGAGGGGCUGGAUAAUCAAGCUUUAGGACUUGUUUCUCAUCCACUAACUGAUUCCCAGCAGUCUGCAGAAAACCUUGGAAGUGGGGAUGGGACUUUGUGUGCAGCAAAUCCUCCAUUUAUUUUAGAAAGCAGCCAGUGUAAUAUCCCAGAAAAUACCAGUAUAGCUCCCAGUACAGUUUGCACUAGUGAAGAACAAAUUCAACAGGCCCAUGGAAAUAUUUAUCCUGUAGCUGUUAAUGCCAGUGUUGUUGAUACUGGAAACGAUGCUUGGUCCAGCAUCCCAUCUGGAAUUGCCAGUAAAUCUGAGUUUCACAAAGAUUCCGUAGAAGCACUGAGAGGUUCAGAAGUUGCUCUGAAAUCUCCAGGCACGGGGGAGGUGAAAGCUUUGGAUGCAGCUCUGGAGCCCAAGGCUAUGGAGGUGUUGCCUUAUUCGGAAGCAUCUCUGCAGUCAGUGUCUCAGAGGGCAGCACAGGACUCGGGAACAGCUUCGACAGCCGUGUCCUUGGCAAGUGGUGGGGCAGCAAUUCCAGCAUCUGCAGACUGGGCGGAUCCCAGUGCUGUGACAGCAGCUCACGUGGCUGCGGCCGGACAAGGACUGAAAAUUCCAGAAGCAACUGAGAAAUGUCUGCACGUGGGAAAUGUGCAGAGUGUGCAGAGACCUUUGGAACUGGGGGGCGUGAGCAGAACUUUGGAGCCAGCCCAGCAGCCCUCAGUUGUAACUGGGAAUUUGAGCAUGACACUCCCCACGGGGAGUUCCAGUGUCUUGAGAUCAAAUGUAGCUUUGCAACAUCCUUUUAAAACAUCUGCAGCCACCCCUGUGGCCCAGGCGGAAAUACAAAGUGCCAAAACGCCCCCAGGAGCAGGAACUGUCACAGAAAUGAAGGAUAUUGAACCAGCUAUGGGAAAUGUGAAAGCUUCGGGAACAGCCAUGGAACCUUGGGGUGUUACAGCUCAUGGAAGUCUGCCAGGCAAAGCUGGGGAAGGCAGCACAGCUGCUGCAGCAGUGCUGGGGGCAGCAGGGCCGUUCCUGCCACGUGGAGUGUGUGUGGAAACGAGGGGCGUGGACAGAGCCCUGGGGCCGGCGCUGCCAGCAGGACUCGCAGGGACCAGCGUGGCUGCAGAGCCAGGAGGUGUCAGAGCAGCUUCAGAACCCGCAGCCCCCGCGCAGACCUCGGCCCAGCAAACAGCUCCGCAGCUCCACAUGGCAGAGGGGCUUCGAAGUCCCCGAGCGACAGGUUCAGAAGGUGCUUCACUGCUGAGACCUGAGGGUGAAUCGAACGUGAGAGCUUUGGCACCUGCCCCGUCGUUGCAGAGGGAAGAUGCGCAAGGUCUGGGAGGAGUCCUGAGACCGGCGGCUUUCACAGCAACUUCACUGUCCCUGCAAGGGGAAGGUGUGAAAGCUUCACAAGAAGCUGUGCAUUGUGGGGCUGGUGCAAGUCCAAGACUUACCUUAGAAAGGACUUCUGAACCUGUGAUUGCGCGUGAGAGUGUGGAACCAGUUCAAGAGGCGUUGUCAGGAGUGAUGCCCUGGCAAACCACAGCAGGGACAGAACCUCUCAGUGCAAACCAAACACAGAGUUCCAUCAUUUCACAGACUCAGGUCGUGACACACACCAGAACCUCACAAUCCGAGGUGAUUGGGGAGAGAAAGGAUUCUGAACUCGCUCCAGAAGAUCCAAGCAAAGCAGAGGCAAGGAGCAGAGAAGCAGUCCUAGAACCUGCGCAGACUUUAGAAACCAGUUCCAAACCUGUUCAGGAACAAAUAGUAGGUCAUUCAGCAGCAGUACUGGAGUCUUCGCCCAGAGUGGAAGAAAACUAUGUGACAGAAUUGACAGAUGUGCAAACUCAGGGACCUACUGUAGAAUAUCUACUUGGAGCAAGGACCAGCAUGCAAAGUGAGCCCUCAGAAACGGAGAAAGCAAAGUAUUUGGGGCCAGCACCAGAAGCUGGAGAAGUGAGUUGGUUGGAGAGCAUGAAAGAGCCUGCAGCAGUAGAGGUAAAAGAUUCUGGAACAGAUGGAGAAGUAGCCAUGGAUGCUUCAGCAGCUGUUCCAGAAUCUUUGCACACAGAAAAGCCAGGAGAGCUGCAGGGAGUUGCAGAAGUAAAACCUGCUGCAGAAUGGAAGAGUUCACAAGAGGCUCCAGAAGUCUUGGGUGCUGCUGGACUGAAGUCUCCUGAAGCAGUUCCAAAACCAGGGGAUGUGAAAGGUCUGGAAACAACACCGGAACACACAGUGACAGCAGAGGUACAAUCUGCAGAAGUAGUGCAGGGUCAACAGGUGGAGGAUAUGGUGAUUGAGAAGGAAGAUACAGAGCAGCCUCAACCAUCUGAGCCUCUUGCAGAAACAGUUUUUAGUUCUUCACACGCUGCAGAGGACAAAGACUCCACAGGGACUCCUGUGGCAGGAACGCAAGAUUCGGAAGCAGCUGCUCAGACCGAUGGAGAGCUGAAAGAUGCAGCAGCCGUGGGGUUGGAGGCAGAGGCAAAAGAUUUGGAAGCAGCUCCAGUACCUGAGACUGAAGCAGAAGCAACCCAGGCAGAAGCCAUUCCAGAGGCUGAGGAUGUCAAAGAAGCAACUCCAGAAGAGGACUCGGAGAAAAGAGACUCAGAAACAUCUGAUGUGCAACCUGAUGUGGCAGCACGAAUGAAGGAGACUCUCAUGAGGCUGGAGAAUGUGGUGGAGAAAAGCAGCCAUAGAAGCAGUGAGAAAAAACACGAUUCAAAGAAGAAGAGGAGCCGCUCCAAGUCUCAGUCCAGGUCUAGGAAGCGGAAGAAGAAAUCCAGGUCCCGCUCUACUUCCAGGCGCUUGACCUCCAAAAGAGCCCGUUCCAGGAGCAGAAACUAUUCGGUUUCCAGAAAAAAGCAUUCCAAAUCCAGAUCCCGAUCUGUGGAGAAGAGAGAGAGAAGAGUGUCAUCCCGGAGGUCCAGGCGCAGGCGUUCCAGGUCGUCUGACCGGUACAGGUCCAAAUCCAGGUCAGCAGAGAAGAGACUGUCCUCUGGGAGGUCCAGGCGGAGACGUUCCAGGUCGUCUGACCACUAUAGGUCUAAAUCCCGGUCCGCGGAGAAGCGAUUGUCCUCCCGGAGGUCCAGACGCAGACGCUCCAGGUCCUCUGACCGCUACAGAUCCAAGUCCAGGUCCGUGGAGAAGCGACUGUCCUCCCGAAGGUCUGGGCGCAGACGCUCCAGGUCUUCUGACCGCUACAGAUCCAAAUCCAGAUCCGUGGAGAAGCGACUGUCCUCGCGGAGAUCCGGGCGCAGGCGUUCCAGGUCCUCUGACCGCUACAGGUCCAAGUCCAGGUCUGUGGAGAAGCGACUGUCCUCCAGAAGGUCUGGGCGCAGACGCUCCAGGUCUUCUGACCGCUACAGAUCCAAGUCUAGGUCCGUGGAGAAGAGACUGUCCUCCCGGAGAUCCGGGCGCAGACGCUCCAGGUCCUCUGACCGCUACAGGUCUAAGUCAAGGUCAGUGGAGAAGAGGUUGUCGUCCUGGAGAUCCCGCCGCAGACAUUCCAGGUCCUCUGACCGUUCCAAGUCUAGAUCCAGGUCUUCAGAAAAGGGAGGCGGCAAAGAAUACUCCUGGAGGUUCAGGCACCGGUCUGGCUCCUCUGAUCAGUCCAAAUCCAGGUCCCGAUCCAUAGAGAAGAGAGGUCGGAAGGCGUCUGUGCGGAGGUCGAAGCGUCAGCGCUCCAAGUCCUCGGACCGCUACAAGUCAAGAUCCCGGUCGGUAGAAAAGAGAGAUCGGAAGCAAUCAUCGCGCAAGUCGAAACGCCAGCGCUCCAAGUCCUCAGACCGCUACAAGUCUAGAUCCAAAUCAGUGGAAAAGAAGAAGGAGUCCUCACGGAAAUCCAAGCGUCGCCGCUCAAAAUCCUCCGAACGUUACAAGUCCAGGUCCAGGUCUGUCGAAAAAAAGCGCAAGGACUCUUCCAAAAAAUCCAAACGGAAACGUUCCAAGUCCUCUGACAGCGUUAAGUCAAGGUCCAAAUCUGUAGAAAAAAGAGACAAUAAGCUGUCAUCAUCAAAGUCCAGCAAACAUGCAGAGUCAUCUGAACUUCAGGAGUCCACCAAAGGUGUUGAAAAUGUUCCUGAGCCUUCUAUUGGAAGUGAAGGCAAAUCUUCCAAUGGUCCCAUGUCUUUGUCUGAUCAGGGAAUAAACGGCCCAGAGCUGCCGCCGUCAUAUGGAAGUGGAUUUUCCAAAACAUCUGAUAACCUUGAGGAAAGCUCCUCGUCUGUUGAAAAAACAGGAGAUCUGCAGUCUUCUGCCAUGUCUGAAUUGGAUACCUCCAAAACCCCAGAUGGCCAGGAACUGAGAUCCAUGUCUGUGGAAAAAACACAGGAUUCAGAGCUUUCUAUGACAUCUGAAAAUGGAUCUACUGAAAAAGCAGAGGCUCUGGAGUCUUCACCACUACCUGAACUUCCGUAUUCCACACCCAAGUCAAGAUCCUCAUCUGUUGAAAAUAGGAGAGAUGCAGAAACUCCUUCAGCAGCAGAAUUCCAUCUCCCCACAUCCCGUGGAGAUGUGUCCAGAACUCUCAGAGAAGUAGAAGGUCCAGAGCUUCCUCCGUCAUUUCUAAGCAACUCCAAGACCAUCUCCCCAUCCUCUGGCAGAGUGGAAGUUCAAGGCUCUUCUGUGCUGUCUGAAGGCGCACUCUCCAACUUGUCUGAUGGUCCUGAAUCGCGACAUAUCCCUGGUGAGCAAACAGAGCUCCCGCAGUUCCUGCAAGUCCCUGAACAUGGAUCUUCUCAGCUGGCUACCAGCCCCAGAGCAGUGGAAGCCCAGAGGCCUUCCCUGGCACCUGAAGGGACCCACCCUGCGAUCCCUGAUGGCUGUGAGUCGGGCCAGAUCCAGGAGCCUUCUCUGGCUUCUGACAGCAGACCCUUCAUGUCUCCUGAUGGACGUGGAUUGGAGUCCGGCUUUGCUGCUCCAGUAGACGGGCCCUCAUUGUCUGUAGGGGAGUCCUUCGAGUCCCCAGGUGGAAAUGAACAAAGAUAUUUAUCUGUUGAAAAAGUCAAGGCUGCAGAUGUUUCCCUCACGUCUGUGCAUGGUCCUGUUGAGAACUCUGAUGACCUCGUCUCAGUGUCCUCCUUUAAAGUUCACGAGUCCAGAUCAUCUGUUGGCCAAGGUUUAGACGGCCCGACACUUCCCCAAGUCCUUGAGGUUGACUGCUCCGGAUCUUCGGAAACAAACGAGUCGAGAUACCUGCCUGCUGGGAAAAUAGACGGUGCAGGAUCUGUGGUGCUCUCCAAGAGCGGGAUUCCCGUGUGCCACGAUGGCCACAAAGCAAAGUACAAUUCCUUUGAGAGCACAGAAGGUGCAGGACUGUCAGUGGCGUCUGAGCUCAGGUGCUCGGUGUUCCCUGAAGGCUACAAACUGGCACCUGCUGCAGUUGAGAAAGUGGAGAUCCAGAAGUCUCCUCUCUCUCUGGAAAGUGGGUUCUCUGUAUCUGCUGAUGGGGAAGCAGUGAGCACAACUGAAAGACUGCAACCCCCAGAGACUGCUCUGACAUCAGAAGGGGGGGUUGUCCUGUUGCCCGACAGUCAUGAACUGAGACCUGUCCCUGCUGAAAAAGUGGAGGUGCUGAAUUCAUCUGAGCUGAAAGUCCUUGCUUCCCCUGACGGCUACAGGGUGGGAUCUGCCUAUGCUGAAAUACAGGUGCAGGAAAGCAGAUGUUCGGUUGCCUCCGACGGUCACGAGAUGACAUCCACCCCUUUGGACAGAGCUGAGGUGGAGGAGCCUUCCCGAGUGUCUGACAGUGAAUGCGCGAGAGGGCUCGAUGGCCCGGAGCUGACAUCGACCCCUGCUGAGAACACAGAGCUGCGCAAGCUUUACCAGAUGUCUGAGGAGAGAAGUUGGGUGUCUGCCGAGAGCCAGGAGCUGCAGGCACCCUCUGCUGAGAAGGCCCAACUGCAAGAGCCUGCCCUGGGGUCUGACAACGAGUACACCGUGUCCUGGCUGCCCCAGGAGUUGAGGUCCAGCUCUCCUGGAAGGGCAGAGGCACAGGAGGCUGCUGUGAUGCCCCACAGUGACUACGCUGGGGCUGCUGAAUGCCAUACGCUGCCAUCUUCCCUGGCUGCAAAACCAGAGGGGCAGGAGUGCUCUGUGAGUCCUGAGGGCCAGGUGGUGAUGGCCAGCCCAGCUGAAAAAGAGGCACAGGAGCCCUGUCUGCCACCUGGCAGUGAAUAUUCCAUCUUCCCUCAGGGCCUCGCUGGGAAUGCGGCAGUGCAGGAGCCCUCACCCAUCCCAGCCAGCCAGUACGCUGCAUCUCCCGAGGGGCGGGAGCUGCUCCCUGCUUACGCUGAGAAACCAGAGGUGCAGGAGAGUUCUUUGCUGUCUGAAAACGAGUACGACGUGUCCCCCGAAAGGCGAGAUUUGAGAUCCAGUCCCGCUGAGAAAGAAGAAUUGGAGGAACAUUCUGAAGCAUCUGAAAGUGAAAGCUCAAUAUCCACCGACAGCCGGGAGUUGCAGCCUGCAGCUGUUGGAAAAACAGAGGUGCAGGAGUUGUCUUUGUCUGAGGGUGAGUGUCCCAUGUCCCCUGAAGGUCAAGAGCUGCAGUCCAGCCCCACUGAAAGAGCAGAGGCCAAGGAACCUUCUGUGACAUCUGAAAACGAACACGCUCUGUCCCCCGAGGAGUAUGAACCACGAGCGACUCACACUGAGAGAGCAGAGGGUGCGGGUUCUGCUGUGGCACCUGAACAUGGCCAUUUGUUUUUCGAGAGCCAGGAGGUGAGGUUCCCCCCUCCUCGGAAAGCAGAUGAGCAGGAGCUCUCUCCAACACCUGACAAUGACCGUGGAGCAUCUCCUGAUGGGCGGGAGCUGAGAUUCACCAGUGCUGGAAAAACAGAUGGCCUUGAGCCUUUGGCACUGAACGAUAGAGCCUCCAUGUCCCCAGAUGACAGGGACCUUAAAUCUAUCCCUGCUGAGCAGAUGGACCAUGCAAUGCCUUUGUUGUUGCCUGAAGGUGAGCGCUCCGUGUCUCCGGACGGCUACAGUGUGAGAUCGGGCCCUGGAGAGGAAAUGGGGGAUCUGGAGCCCUCUUCGAGAUCUGAGCGUAGAUAUUCCACGUCCUCCUAUCAGGAGGGUCAUGAGCUGAAAUCUCCCAUGGAGGAAGAGGGUCUGGAGUCCUCUUUGACUUCUGAACACAGGCGGUCUGUGUCCCCCGAGGGCCACGACCGGAAAUCUCCCAUAGAUGAGGACAUGGAGGAUGUGGAGAGACGUUCCAGCUCCGCUGAAGAGCAGGAGUCAAGCGCGGGUGAAGAAGCAGAGGAUCUGGAGCAGCCUCUGACAACAGGACGUAGAUGCUCUGUGUCUUCUGAUGAGCGCGAGUCAAGGUCAACCACCGGGGAAGAUGCGGAGGAUGCAGAACCCUCCUUGACAGCUGAACGAAGAGACUCCAUAUCCUCUGACGAGCACGAGUCGAGGUCCACUGCUGGGGAGGAUGGAGAAGAUGGGGAGGCCUCUGUGACGGCUGAACGUAGACACUCCACGUCUUCUGAUGACCGCGAGUCCACAGCUGGUGAAGAGACAGAGGACUUGACAGCCGAGCACAGACGGUCUGUGUCUCCGGACGGACGCGAGUCGAGGUCAAGUGCUGGCGAAGAAGCAGAGGAUCAGGAGCUCUCUCUGACAGCUGAACGCAGACACUCCACAUCUUCUGAUGAGCACGAGUCAAGAUCCACUGCUGGUGAGGACGCAGAGGAUGUGGAACCCUCCUCGGCAGCCGAGCGAAGAGAUUCCACGUCGUCGGACGAGCAGGAGUCAAGGUCUGAGGCUGGUGAAGAAGCAGAGGAUGUGGAGCCCUCUCUGACAGCUGAGCACAGACGUUCUGCAUCCCCCGACGGGGCUGAGUCCAGGUCUACCACUGGGGAAGAAGAAGGGGAUGAUGCAGAGCCCUCCUUGACAGCUGAACAAAGGGACUCCACAUCAUCAGAGGAGCACGAGUCAGAGUCUUCCAGUGGGGAAGAGGAGGGUGAGGAUGCGGAGCCCUCUUUGGCAGAUGAAGAUAAGCAGGAUUCCGUGCCUCUGGAGCAGUCGGAGGAACAGGACUCCUUCGUCCCUGAAAGCAGACGUUCCGAGUCUUCUGAACGUGAAAAGUCUAGAUCCAAGUCUGUUGACAAAGCGUCCGACAAGGAGUCUCCCCAGAGAUCUGUCAGCAGGCGCUCAAAGUCUCCCACCCGCCAGAAGAGCCGAUCCACGUCCGUCGAGAAAGCGGCGGACAAAGAGUCCACACGGAGGUACCGACGGAGACGCUCCCGGUCCACCGCUCGCCAGAGGAGCCAGUCCACAUCCGUGGAGAAGGCGGCGGACAAAGAGUCCACCCGCAGGUCCCGGCGUAGGCGCUCCAGGUCCACCGCUCGCCAAAGGAGCCAGUCCAAAUCCGUGGAGAAGGCGGCGGACAAAGAGUCUUCACGCAGGUCCAGGAGCAGACGCUCCAGGUCCUCUCAGCGCAGGUCCAAGAGAUACGACACGGACUCUCGCUCCAGGCGGAAUCGCUCCAGGUCGGCCACGCGGAGGAGAGCUUCGCGAUCCAAAUCCAACCGCCGCUCUCGCUCCAGCUCCUUGUCGCGGUCCAGGCACAGGAGGAGGAGCAGAUCUCGCUCGGCAUCCCGGAGGCGACGCUCCUUAUCCAGGGACAGGCGCAAGAGAUCUCAGAGAAACAGAUCCAGGUCUGCCGAGAGGAGACGGAGGAGGUCGGAUUCCAGAGAUCGGAGGAUAUCGCUCCGGUUGCGGAGCAGGAGUCGGACGCCUCUUCGGCAAAGGAGGUCGAGAUCCAGAGGGAGGAGACGGAGCUCCAGCAGGUCCCCGAUCCGGCUGCGGCGCUCGAGGUCUUCAGGGCGAAGGAGGUACAGCAGGUCCCCCGACCGCCGCCGCUCCCGCUCCUCCGAGUUCUCCAGCAGGUCCCCGAAGCGUCUCACGGACCUGGACAAGGCCCAGCUCCUGGAAAUCGCCAAAGCCAAUGCGGCCGCCAUGUGUGCGAAGUCCGGGGUGCCCCUGCCCCCCAGCCUGAUGCCCCUGCUGUCCCAGAAGAAGGACGACAAAGCCAACCAGAAAUCCUCUCGGGACACGCUGAAGGAGCUCACGGAGAAGUGCAAGAAGAUUGCCCAGAGCACGGACGAUGUGAUCGUCAACAAACCCCACGUGUCGGACGAGGAGGAGGAGGAACGGCCUUUCUACAACCAUCCUUUCAAGCUCAGCGAGCCCAAACCUAUUUUCUUCAAUUUAAGUACUCCCAGCAUAAAACCAGCACCACCCCCCCAACCAAAAAACCAGGUCAGCCUGUCCAAGGAAUUCCCUGUGUCCUCUGGGUCCCAGCACAGGAAGAAGGAGGCAGACAGUGUCUAUGGAGAGUGGGUUCCCGUUGACAAGGGGGGCAAGGACGACGGCAAGGACGACGUGUUCCCCAAACCGGCCAUUGAGUGUGUGGACAUAACCACGGCCAUGAACGACCGGGCGGUGGCCCAGAAAAGGCUCAAUGAGAACUCCUUUGACCUGGAGGCCAUGUGCAUGUUGAACCGUGCACAGGAGCAGAUUGAUGCCUGGGCCCAGUCCAACUCCAUCCCUGGCCAGUUCACGGGCAGCACUGGGGCACAGAUCCUGUCCUCGGACGAGCUCACCAACAGCGGCCCCCAGGCCUGGAUCCGAAAGGAUCAGUUCUUAAGAGCAGCCCCUGUCACUGGAGGAAUGGGAGCUCAGCUGAUGAGGAAAAUGGGCUGGAGAGAAGGAGAAGGGCUGGGGAAGAACAAGGAAGGCAGCGUGGAGCCCAUCAUGGUGGACUUUAAGACAGAUCGAAAAGGGCUGGUUGCUGUGGGAGAGAAGGCCCAGAAGAGAUCCGGCCAUUACGUGGUGAUGAAGGAUCUUUCAGGGAAGCACCCGGUGUCUGGCUGGUUGCUGUGGGAGAGAAGGCCCAGAAGAGAUCCGGCCAUUACGUGGUGA